GUCACGCAUCGCCGAGGACGGCUUAGUGGGUCCGAUGCACGCUCAUUCACCCCGACGCCGAGUUUCUCAUUGCGCCAAUCGUGCCGGCGAUGAACGGCUCACCCGUUGGCGUACGCUCUUCCUUCCUUCAAUCGAUGGAGCCACCCUAUCUGUCCUCGAAGCAGCAAGGCGGGAGUGCCGAUGGGGUUUUGAGUUCAGCCAAAAGUCCCCCAGUCUGUGCCGAGGAGCUGAAGGUGUCGUUGGAGGACAAAUUCGAGGAAUUGGAGUCGGGAAAGGAGGGCGAUUUUCAUCCCGUUGGUCUCGGGACGAUCCGCAAGGGAUACUGUAUGGGGAGACGGAAGAAAACGAUUGAUAAGGACGAUCUGUCCGAAGAUUACUGUUUCGUUUGCAAAGAUGGAGGCGAGAUCCGUGUUUGCGAUUUUAAAGAUUGUCUUAAAUCUUAUCAUCCACAUUGUCUGGAGAAGGAUGAAUCUUUUCUUGAGUCAGAUGAACGAUGGACUUGUGAUUGGCAUUCAUGCUACAAUUGCCACAAAAGUUCAACAUUCAGAUGCUUUUGCUGUCCAUACUCCUCUUGUCGAACAUGUUUUGGGGGAUCUGGGCUUGUUAAAGUAAAAGGAGCAAAAGGCUUCUGCACUAACUGCUUAAGGCUUACAAAAUUGAUUGAAGAAAAUGUCGAUGUUGAUUCUGAUGGGGAAAUGGUGGACUUUACAGAUACAGAUACUUACGAAUUUCUUUUCAAAGACUACUGGGAGAUAGUUAAAGAAAAAGAAAGACUGACAUUGGCUAAUCUGCAAGCAGCUGAUGAUCUUCUCAAGAGGGGAGAGGUGUUCAAGAACUUGUCAGAUUCAGACGAGAACUUUGAAGAGCAAGAAGAAGUUGAAGGGUCAGAUAAUGCUUGUUGUGAUGAAGUUAUGUCCUCUAAGGAUUUUAUGAGGAAACAAAAUAGGAUGGCAAUAGUGAAAGAGAAAUCCAAGUUAAAGAAGAAGACUUAUGUUGGUUGGGCGUCAAAGGAGCUGAUUGACUUUCUUGUAUCUCUUGGAAAGGAUACACAGCAACCUCUAGGUCAACAUGAUGUUUAUGAGAUUGUAAAAGAUUAUAUCCAAUCAAACAAUCUUCUACACCAUGAUAAAAAAAAGAAGAAGCAUGUUUUUUGUGAUGCAAGGUUGCUCUCUCUUUUUAGGAGAAAGAAAGUUAACUUUUUUAAAGUAUACAGUUUGUUGGAGAAACAUUUUGCUGAGAACGAUGAUUCUGAUGAUGAAUCAUUUAGUUUGGAAGAAGAUGAUUAUGCAAAAUCUGCUAAGAAGCAAAGAAUGGACAAAUCGUCUUCCAAUCAAAAUACAGAGAAAAGGCACUUCUUAGAACAUGCUUUGCAGCCUCCCAAACAAUGCUUUGCUGCAAUAACUGAAGCAAAUAUCAAAUUAAUCUAUCUUAAGCGUUCCCUGAUUGUGGAACUAUUGAAAGACCCAAAGACAUUUGAAAGCAAGGUUGUGGGCUGUUUUGUAAGGAGAAAAAGCGAUCCAAAAGACAACUACGGACAAGGUCCUCUUCCAAGAAUGUACCAGCUUAAUCAGAUCACUGGUGGUGUGAUAAAAGCGGCAGAAGAGUACAAAUUAGGAGAUAUGAAUACAAACAUCAUCCUAUGUGUUUCCAACUAUUGUAAGGUUGUCCAAAUAGUGCUAAUUCACAUGUCCCUGCAAAGAACGUUACGAAACUAAAUAAGGCAGAAGUUCAAGGUGGCAUUCAGAGUCUUAAAACAAGCGUUAUAGACGCUACAAAACAGAUAAUUUUUGAAGACAAACGUGAAGAUGUUCCAAGAAUUUCACUUGGAGAUGCAGCCAAUCCUGAUUCGAUAAUUACCGAAGAAAAACAUGAAGAUGCUGAUCCAAACUCAUCGCUAAUGGAUGCCACCAAUUCUGACAAGAGAAUUGCCGAAGAAAAAAUAGAAGGAUGUGAUAGCAGUGCUAUAAAAGUGAAUGUUGAUACGGUAGUCAUUGAGAUUGAUGAUGAAGUGGAAGCUAAUGGAAAGGGUUCUGAUGAUGUUCAUAUCAUUGACCUGGAUGUAGCUUCUGAAAACCCAGUUGUAGAGAACGCAGGAAGUCUCGAGAAGAUUUGGAAUUACUUGGAUCCCUCUGGUAAUGUUCAGGGGCCUUUCUCCAUAAGAACUCUCGAGUAUUGGAUGGAAGAAGGCUUCUUUGAUGAGGAUUUCAGGAUAUGGAAAGAUUCACAAUCUCAAGAGAAUGCCAUUCCAUUGGGUGUUGCUCUUGCUUUAUUGCAAUAGCCAUUGUAGAGGAUGCCAAUGGAAAAUAUGGCUCAGCAAAUUAGCUAUGGACAUUAUGGAUUUUGAGUUGAGAAAAUUUUUUUCCUCCAUAGCAGGUAUGUGGCUUUGUCUCUCAUGUACAGUCAAGUUUCUAGUUUUCAGCUAUUCAUAAGCGGCUGCUGGUUAAUGCCGAUCACAUGCUUCUACUCCUGCAAAUGUGUCCAUUGGUUCUGCUCUUAAAUGCAGGGCCUAAUACAUUUGACUUAUUUUGCUGUUGAAUGCUUCAAAUGUAUUUCAUAUAUUUAUUUAUGAUAAAGUAAGCACAAUGUAAUUUAUAGAUUUAUACGCAUGGUAGGAGCUGGAGAAUUCUUUCAUGUUGCAUAUUCAAGUCUUUAUAACAAUUCAGCUAAAGGUUUUUUUUU